GCGGCCCCUCGGCGGCGGGGCCGGGCCGGGCGCUGCCGGCCGGUCCGGUUUGCUUCUCCUCGCGUUCGGAACCGUCAGCGGCGCUCCCUGAUGGGCGGCUCUGGGGUGCGAGGUACUGCAGCUGUUCCUCGUUCCGCAGCGGGCUCUGUGGGGCAGCAAUUACUCCUCCGUGCGUGGGCGGUGAUAAAUGGCCCCCCAGUUCAUAAGCAGAUACUGUUCCUGAAAACAAGAGGAAACAUGGUUUAUAUAGCGAAUGAAGCUUAAAUUCCUGGACCAAAAAUUGAGGGCCUUUUUUCAUGAAGGAUGGCAACGCCAUAUGUUCCUGUUCCUAUUCCUAUUGGAAGUUCAUCAUCCAGCUUUACAAACAGAAACCAAAGAAGUUCUUCCUUUGGGAGCAUUUCAACAAGUUCGAGCUCCUCGAAAGGACAGCUGGAGGACUCUACAGUUGAUAGUUUUAAAAAGAUGAGCGUGCCUGACCAGAUUGGUUCCACGUCAUCUGCGUGUAGCAGUCCCCUUGUUAGGACUAAAUUUACAGGUCUGGAUACAUCCAUAGAAUACAGUACACAGCCUGUAGAAGAAAUAGAGCAGAAUGAAGAUUCCAGGACCUGGGAAGAUCGACCAUCCACACCUACUAUUCUGGGCUAUGAGGUGAUGGAGGAAAGGGCAAAAUUCACUGUAUACAAAAUACUGGUGAAAAGAAAUCCAGAGGAAAGCUGGGUGGUUUUCAGACGGUACACAGAUUUCUCCAGGCUUAAUGACAAGCUAAAAGAUAUGUUUCCAGGCUUUCGGUUGGCCCUUCCGCCAAAGCGCUGGUUUAAGGAUAAUUACAAUCCUGACUUCUUGGAAGAUCGACAGCUGGGGCUGCAGGCAUUCCUCCAGAACCUAGUAGCUCACAAAGAUAUUGCUAACUGCCUUGCAGUGAGAGAAUUUCUUUGUCUGGAUGAUCCUCCGGGUCCUUUUGACAGUCUAGAAGAGAGCAGGGCUUUCUGUGAAACUCUGGAGGAAACAAAUUAUCGCUUACAAAAAGAACUGCUUGAAAAACAAAGGGAGGUUGAAUCACUGAAGAAAUUAUUAACUGAAAAGCAACUUCAUAUUGAUGCUGUUGAAAGAAGAAUUAGGGAUUUAUCUUUAGGAAACAUGACUCGUCAAAUGUCAGGAGAAGAAAGUGAGUGCAGUGGUGAGGUGGAGUCUUCUGCAGUAGAAGCAGACCAGGGUACCCUGGGUGAGGACAGCUGCUCAGACAAAGAGAACCACAAGCCAUGCUGGAGUGGCUCUUUGGCUGGAAAUUCUGUCCCAGAAAUUGAAGUUGCUGAAGUUGCCUAUACCACGGAUGAAGAAUAGCUGAGCAGCAGCGGCUGUUAUCUGGGAAAGGUCCAUGUUAAGGGUGUAUCUGUGGGUAGGAUCAUAGAGUAGCUGUGAAGAAUUCACAGCAAAGAGCAAGAAUGCACAUAUUGAAUGUUUACAUAAAUCCUUACAAAUUAUUAAUGUAAGAAAUAUAUCCAGUGCUGCUUUGAUUUCAGUUUUUAUCUAGCCUUUAUGUAUUUAAUAUAUUGAAGUCUAAUAAGGGCUAAAAUCAGCUAAAGUUUAGAUAGUGUAUAUACACAAUUUGGCUGACUUUCCUAGCAGAAUGACAAAAGGUUUCACAUUAAAUCAUGGAACAUAUCUAAUUCAUAUUGCCACCAUUGUGACAUAUUCGAUGUGUUCCUCUGUUUGGUAUUUGUGUUUUCUUACAGCCAUAAAAUAAUGCUUGCUGAAGUAAAAAUGGACUCAUUUGUGUAUAGGAAUGGAGAAUGUGUUGGUUUUAAAUUCUAAAGUUGAAGAAAGUUUCUCUGGAAGUUUUAUGCAAUGUAAUAGGAAAACUUCCAGUACCAAAAGAAAAGUAGUUACAAAAUGAGAUAUAGUUGGACAUUGUCAAAUGGUCAUUUUUGCUGAAAGAACUGAUCUGAGACCCCCAAAACACUGUGUAUUUUCAUCCCAAGAUAGCAUGCUGUAAUACCUUUUGUUCAGUAAUGCUGCUUUGAAAAUCUGGGAUACCUUUAUCAUAUACAUUUAACAACAAGAUCUAUAAAUUUGCCUUUUUCUCAGAACACUACCUCUUGCCACCUUGCUAAUGCAUUCAUGUUUGUUUAAAAAUAUUCCAGAUGAUAUGGAGGCUGUUGAAAGACUUGUAAAGAAGCCAUAUUUUUUCCUGCACAGUUCAUAACUAGAUUGAAUCUAGUUCCAGUGUAUUUUUGUUUCAAUAUAUUGUACACAUGGGGAUGUUGGUACCUAUGUUGUAUAGCCUAUUUUUCAAAAUGUAUUAAGACAGGAGAUGCACUUUAUAAUUAAGACUCCAUUGUGCCAAGUUUGGUUGGCUAAUUGGUUGAGAAAUGGGAGUUACAGGGAGAGGAUUAUGUAGUGCCUUUUUGUAUUUUACUUGUUCAUUGCUGCAGAAUUUUGUUACAGUGCUCUGGGUCAAUUCUGUGGAAUCUUUGAUACAGCAUUUUUCUGUUCUUCACUUAUUUACUGAAAGUGCCUUGUUUUAUUAUGCUUUUCCAAUAGAAAGAAUGCUGUUUUCUUGUUUUGUUUUGUUGGUUUUUGUUUGCCCUAUACCACCCACAUCAUUGUUUAAUAUUGUCAAUAUGCAGUGUCUUUGUGCUGGAGUUUUCAAAGGGAGCUUUGUACUUCAGGCUAUGCAUACAAUGACCUUUAUGCAGAACUGUAUAAACCUUCCUGGUGAAAUAAAACUAUGGACAAAACA